CCUCAUGUAACGCGCUCGGGGACCACGAACCGGGCCCGUGCUGCUGAUCCUCCCAGAGUCAGCGCCUGGCGCCGCCACUGUUGUGACUGGCGCGUGCCGCCCUCACUGCGUGAGUGAGCCUGUCAACAGAUGGCGCUGGGAGAGACGCGCCGAUUCAGCGUCACGUUUUGCUGAUUGCAACGACCUUGGCGCGAGUGGAGAAGGUUUUCCGGCGGUCCUCCCGACCGCUAAAGAACAGUCUGAGCCUCCGUCACCGUGGGCUUGUUACAGGCUCGAGCUAUUGUUAGCUGACACUAGGGCGGCAUACUUUUCUGAGCAAACAGGUCGCUGGCCAGUACAGCACAAUGGUUGCAGAUAGACAGGCAUUGGACAUUUUUACAUUCUUUCUAUCUCUCUCCUUAAUUUUUGAAGAAAACUCAAUCAUAUAUAGCCUGAAACUUGGAUGUCACUUGCAAGGUACAUCGUUUUGAGUUUUUGUGUGUAACUGUGGCAAAGUGGAUAUAUUUAUGUGAAUAUUGCUGAGAAACCUCUUGUAAGGAGCCACGUGGAGUUAAAUGGCGUCGGUCUACUCCUCCCGCUGCGCUGUCGCCGUCAGUUUCGAGACGCUGAACGAACCCUCGGCGACUGGCACUGUCGGCAUUGGGUGUGUGCUGACCCACCAACCCGUCAUGUAACGAUGUCCAUUUAAAGGACCGCAGGGCACGCAGGCUCAGCCCGUCAGCGGGCAAACACGGCACGAUGACACUGACAGAUAGCCAUAGGCCGCUGAAGAGAUUUCGCACAAUAAAGCUCCUCCUGCUGAAUAAUUCACACAUUGUAGCAAGGGUGUGCGUAAACUUGUUCAGAUUUCUCGGAGCUAUUUUCCAAGUCAGGCCGUUGGUUUCGUGCGUUGGCGCCGUGCGCUUUGGCGCAGUAAUUCCUCACAAUCACCAAACCGGCCGAUGAGUCAGCCGUGUCGAAUGCGGAUGAGCGCCGCCAUUGAGAAAGAUGCUCCUGCGAACUGUGACCGACCAAUCCAGCACGAGUGACAUGUGCGCUGGUCAUGCAUCGCGGAUAGGUUAUCAACGUCCUCCGCUCGCUUUUGACUUAUGCUUGGCUUUCUCAACCAUCGUUUUCGCGUUACAGGGCACGCUGUUCAACAUGUUCACCAUCGGACCUCUCCUGUACGGCCUGGCCAAGCUGGGUGCCAUGGGCUCCAGCAUGUUCCCGGCCUACGCCAACUACGACAUCGCCAACAUCAGUUUGGUGCAGAUGCUGACCUUCUCGUCGCUGAUCGUGGCGGUGGAUCCUGUGGCCGUGCUGGCCAUCUUCCAGGAGGUCGGCGUCAACAAGGACCUCUACUUCCUCGUGUUCGGGGAGAGUCUGCUGAACGACGCCGUCACGGUGGUGCUCUACAACGCGAUGGUGGCAUUCGCCGGUCAGGAUGGCGAGGUCAUCACCUACGACCAGCUACUGCUAGCCGUGGCCGCCUUUUUCUGCGUGUCGCUGGGCGGCCUGACCAUCGGCAUCAUCUUCGGCGUGCUCACCGCCAUCAUCACCAAGCACACGUCCGAGCUCCCCGUGGUGGAGCCGCUAUCUCUGCUGGCACUGUCGUACCUGGCCUACCUCUCAGCGGAGCUGGUCCACUUCUCCGGCAUCAUAGCCACUGUCGGCUGUGGAGUGGUUCAAGCACACUAUGCCACCAAGAACAUCUCCAAGAACUCAUACAUUACCAUCAAGUAUUUCGUCAGCAUGGCUAGCUCCACCAGCGACACCAUCAUCUUCAUGUUCCUGGGGAUGGUGCUCAUCAGUGACGACCACCGCUGGCACACGGGCUUCUGCCUCUGGACCCUGGUGCUGUGCCUAGUCUUCCGAUUCAUCGGUAAGUUUGCGUUGUACCUCCUCACAGCGCUGGCGAACCGAAACCGGAUGAACCGCAUCGGUCGGAAGGAGCAGUUCAUCAUGGCGUACGGGGGCUUGCGCGGCGCCGUCGGCUUCUCGCUGGUGGUCAUGCUGGGCGAUUGA